GCUCUUCCUUCAGUUCUGUUGGACUGCUGGUGCAGCAGGUUCUGAUGGCGCAUUUGGUGUUGCCGCUGGUGGUGCAAAUGGUAUUGAGGAGGACGAUCUACACCUGUGCCAAUGAGGAACAACGUAGUCCUGAGCUUCAGCAGCUCUUCUUUCCAGCCAGCUUCUGCCAGCAUGGACAACGGCCUGGCGAUCCCGUU